CUAGGAGUAAAAGAAAUAAGAAAAAAACGUAAACGUUACUGAGAAACAAAAACGUUGGGCUCUUUUGUAAUAAAAACUUGUGAAAUCUGCAUCAAAGUUUCUUUGUUUUAAGUGAUAUUAAGGUUGUUCAAGAAAUGGGUUGAUGUUGUUUUAAUGUUUUGAUAGCAGUAAAGGUUUUUUUUUUUUUUUUUGAAGUGAAAGAGGAGAGAAAGAAGCAAGGAAGAAGAAUCAUGGGGUGGCUUCCUUGUUCUGGCAAAUCAAAUACCAAAGCUAAUAAGUCUAAGAAGAACAAAAAGAUGGAGCAGCUGCCACUUGAUCAAAUCAAACCUUCUUCAGUGAUGGACAAAGUAGCAAAAUCCUUGCUCAGAUGGGAUUUUGGAUACACCUCAUAUAUGUUGCAUAUGCCUUGAAGAUUUUGUGAGCAAUAUGAUGGAUUUUGUGAGGUGAAGUUGUGGUAUGAUGAUGGAUCAGUCUUUAGCGCAUGUCUUGGCAAAAUCCAGCUCAGUGUGUUCUUGGUGUUUUUCGUUUGCAUUCCUAUUUUGUUAUGUGGUUUCCUUGUUGUGCCUUGGUUUUUCUCCUCUAGAAUCAAAUGCAAACAAUUAUUGGUUGUUUGCCAACAUUUUCGUCAUCUUUUAUUUGUUCACACAAAUUGCAAACAGAUUCCUCGUCAAGUGGGGAGACAUCUAGAAGCAGAGGGGGUGAACAUAUUGCUGCACAGAUUUUUACAUUUCGUGAAUUGGCGACAGCAACUAAGAAUUUUAGAGCUGAAUGCCUUUUGGGAGAAGGAGGUUUUGGUAGAGUGUACAAAGGGCGUCUGGAGAGUACAAAUCAGGUCGUCGCUAUAAAGCAACUUGAUCGUAAUGGGUUGCAAGGGAACAGGGAAUUUCUUGUUGAAGUUUUAAUGCUUAGCCUACUUCACCAUCCUAACCUUGUUAAUCUUACUGGGUAUUGUGCUGAUGGAGAUCAAAGGCUUCUGGUUUAUGAAUAUAUGCCCUUAGGAUCUCUGGAAGAUCAUUUACAUGACAUUUCACCUGGUAAGAAAAGGCUGGACUGGAAUACAAGAAUGAAAAUAGCUGCUGGGGCUGCGAAAGGGUUGGAGUAUUUACAUGACAAAGCCAGCCCCCCUGUUAUAUACCGAGAUUUGAAAUGCUCCAACAUUUUACUUGGUGAAGGAUAUUUUCCUAAGCUAUCUGAUUUUGGCUUGGCCAAACUUGGGCCUGUUGGCGAUGACACCCAUGUAUCCACAAGGGUUAUGGGCACCUAUGGAUACUGUGCCCCAGAGUAUGCAAUGACUGGUCAACUAACUCUGAAAUCAGAUGUUUAUAGCUUUGGGGUUGUUCUUCUGGAAAUCAUAACCGGCAGGAAAGCAAUUGACAAUUCAAAAGCUGCGGGGGAACAGAAUCUAGUAGCAUGGGCAAAGCCAUUAUUCAAAGACCGAAAAAAGUUCUCUCAAAUGGCCGAUCCAAUGCUCCAAGGGCAGUAUCCUCCAAGAGGCUUAUUCCAAGCACUUGCAGUGGCUGCAAUGUGUGUUCAGGAGCAGCCAAAUAUGCGACCUCUCAUUGCUGAUGUAGUCACAGCUUUGACUUACCUUGCUUCUCAAAAGUUUGAACCAGAUAUACAAUCAGUGCAGGGUUCCCGCUUGGCCCCUGGAACUCCUCCACGGACGAAGAGAGACAGAGAUAAGAAGCCCAACGGUGGCAGUGGGUCUGAAAGGGAUCGAACAAGAAGGUUAAGUUGAUACUUGCUUGGAUUCUGUACGCUCAUUAGAGGCUUUUCUGGGAUCUGCCAACUUUUGAUAGAUGCUGGUAUUGAUGAUGUUAUGAGUUGUGGCAUCUUUUAAUGUAAAUGAAAUCACAGGGCUAGGCUGAACGCAUACUGCCUGCAUUACAUAACAUGCCUUGUUACCAAAUUUUGCUUAAUUCUUACAAACCAAAGGCACAUUUUUAUAAGCUAUUGCGUUUGUUGUUAGGAGAUAUUUGUAGCAGCUGUUUCCCUAUUUACAUGAAAUUUCACUCAUAUUCAUAAUAUAAUCAGAUGCUUUCUUAUCA